CACCCGGCAAUGGCAUCCUCCAGAAAAUUCACUUCUAUCAAUCAUCUUCAUCUCCCUAAAUCAAUUUCAAUUACAAUCCGUAUUCUCACGCGAAAAAUACUAUAAACAAAUCCAGAGAUUCUUCUUCUUCCACCUCCGCUCCGAGUUUACAGAUUUCUUAUCUUCCUCGUUUUUCGCGGCCUUGUCCUAAUGAUUCUACAAGCUUCGUCCUUCAAUAUCGCCGUCCCACUCUCCGGUUCCCCCCUCCGAUGUUCCCGUCAUCGCCAUGUCGUACGAGCUCAAGCGGAACCGUCCGAGAAGUCGGUCGAAAUAAUGAGGAAAUUCUCGGAGCAGUAUGCUCGUAAGUCAGGAACGUAUUUCUGUGUAGACAAGGGGGUUACUGCUGUUGUAAUCAAGGGACUGGCAGAUCACAAAGAUACAUUGGGUGCACCACUUUGUCCCUGUCGGCAUUAUGAUGACAAACCUGCUGAGGUUGCACAAGGUUUUUGGAACUGUCCAUGUGUGCCAAUGAGAGAGAGGAAAGAGUGUCACUGCAUGCUUUUCCUGACACCCGAGAACGACUUUGCAGGCAAUGAUCAGGCAAUCUCCUUGGAAGAUAUCAGGGCAACAACAGCAAACAUGUAACACCUAAUUUCCACCAUGUUAUUUUCAUUGAACAGUAAUUCAUAUUGUGGUAUUGACAAAAACGGGUGGAAAUAUACAAGUAUAAAUAUGUAUGUAACAGUAACUCUAUAUGCUGAUGAGAUAAUGAAUGGUUCUGCCAUAUCUGCUUCUGACAAAUAAUUGGAUUUCUUCUCA